AUGGACCAACAAGGACAAUCAGGUGUACCCGGCCCGGCCGGUCGGCGAUUGCAUAUCGCACAUCGAAGAAGCCCAUCGGAGCUUACCCCUCUUAUGAUGGAGCAACUUGCUCUACAGCAGCAGAUCGAACUUCUCCAGCAGCAGCAACAACAGAUCGCUGCAACUCAACAAUAUGUGAACAUGGGAUACAUACAACCCCAACAGCCCCUGCAACAUAUGCCUGCCGCCUAUUCUCCGACGAUGCAGGGCCAAGCUGGUAUCCCCAACAUGCCCUCUCAUGGAAAUGCAUUUCAGUUUCCGCAAGUUCAACAGCAGCAGCUGGGUGUCUCUAUGAACAAUCCAAACCAGCCGUCACAUCGCCGCAACCAAUCUGCAAUUCCUAAUGUCAAUAUGGGACCACCUCCCGCUCCGUCAUCCGGCUCAGCAUACAGUGAGUACAACCAACAGAACCAAAACCAAGGGAACCAUAAUCGUGAAAACGGGGGUCAAGGACAAGGUCGCGGUCGUGGCACUCCUGGAGGGGGCCACCAACGUCGCCACUCCCUAGCACUUCCAGAGGCAAGAAAGGCCGCUGAACUAGCACAACAGAAGCGAACUACUUCCGGCUUCCAGUUUCCCAUUCCUGGUUCUUCUGGGACAUCGUCCACCGGCCAAGGUGAAACAGCCACGCCUGAGGAAAAGACCACUCAUGCUACUAUUAACACUACACCCCAAGCUCCACAUGGGCUGGGUGUCCAACGGGCUGGAAAUAUCCGCGCCGGGACUCACAUGCGCAGCCAAUCUUUAGCCAUCGGAAACGGACGAGGGCCUGCCCCAAGAGGCAUGGCUGGUUUUCAAUUUCCACAGACCGGAGACAAUACAGGAGACGGGCAACGGCGCGCAAUAACUGGCGCCAACAAGGCAACCAAGGCCAGUCACAGGACCAGCAGAGAGGAUCAAUUGGGGGUUUCAACCAACAACAAGCAACAGCAGCAGCGCAAGACAUUGUUCACUCCUUAUCUUCCUCAGGCGAACUUGCCUGCUUUGCUCAACGAUGGCCAGCUCGUCACCGGCAUCUUACGUGUCAACAAAAAGAAUCGUUCCGAUGCUUAUGUCACAACCCCUGACCUUGACGCAGAUAUCUUCAUCUGUGGCAGCAAGGAUAGAAAUCGUGCCCUUGAGGGUGAUCUUGUUGCUAUCGAACUCCUAGAUGUCGAUGAAGUCUGGAGCCAAAAACGUGAAAAGGAGGAGAAAAAGAAGCGCAAGGAUAUCACUGAUACCAGGAGUGGCAGCUCUGCUGGCCUUGAGAGAGGCAGAUCGGAAUCUGCUACAAAUGGAGAAUCGCAAGUCGCCCCUGAUGGAAGUAUUCGUCGACGGGGUAGUCUGAGACAACGCCCAACGCAGAAGAAAAACGAUGACGUCGAAGUUGAAGGCCAAAGCCUCUUGCUCGUCGAAGAAGAUGAAAUCAGCGAUGAUCACAAGCCGUUAUAUGCGGGACACGUGGUUGCCGUUAUUGAACGAGUACCUGGGCAGAUGUUUUCUGGAUCCCUUGGCCUCCUCCGUCCUAGUAGCCAAGCAACAAAGGAGAAACAGGAAGCCGAGCGCCAGGCGAGAGAUGGCGGCCAUAGCCGACCUCAGCAAGAGCGACAUCAAGAUAAGCCCAAAAUUGUUUGGUUCAAACCCACCGAUAAACGCGUACCUCUUAUUGCAAUUCCCACAGAGCAAGCUCCCCGGGAUUUCGUGGAGAAGCACCAAGAUUAUGCAAACAAUAUUUUCGUGGCUGCAAUCAAAAGAUGGCCCAUUACUUCUCUCCAUCCAUUUGGAACUCUAGUUGAGCAGUUGGGCUCCAUGGGCGAUUUGAAUGUUGAAACUGACGCCCUUCUAAGAGACAACAACUUUGCUUCCGAUGAAUUUUCGGAUGCUGUCUUGAAGAACGUUGGUUUCGAAAAUUGGACUGUGGAGAGUGAGAGUGCCGCGUCCUUGGCCGCUCGUCGUGACUUCCGCGACGAAAAGAUUUUCACCAUUGACCCCAAUGGCUCGAAUGAGUUGGACAAUGCGAUUCACUUGAAACAACUUAGCGACGGUAAAGUAGAAAUCGGCUUCCACGUUGCCGAUGUCACUCAUUUUAUUAAACCCAACUCUCUCGUGGAUAGAGAGGCUAAGAAACGUGGCACUGGGGUGUACUUGAUGACUCGCAUUGUGAACAUGCUACCUCCUCGGCUUUCUAGUAAUAUCUGCUGCCUCCAGCCAGGUGAAGACCGUUUCACGAUCAGCGUAGUCUACCACAUUGACCCCAAAACGGGCAUCGUCGAGGGCGAACCUUGGAUCGGUAAAGGUAUAAUUAAGAGUUCAGGAAAAUUAACAUACGAUGAGGUCGACGCAGUUCUUUCUGACAAGGACGUUGAACUGCAUGCGGCAACUAUCGCCGACAUAAAAUUGCUGAAUUGUAUUGCAACCAAGUUUAGAGAAGCCCGCUUCGGGCAUCGCUCAGCGGACGUACCACCCCUAAGACUCUUCUAUCAACUUGAUGACGAGAACGUACCAGUCUUUCACAAUAUCUUUGAUUCCUCCUCGGCUCAUGAAUUGAUGGAGGAAUUAAGUCACAAGACAAACUCACUCGUUGCUAAACGCCUCUUUACAGUUUUGCCUCAGAAAGCUCUCUUGCGUCGUCAAGCAUCGCCCAAUUACAGAAGACUUGGAACAUUCGUUGAUAGGAUGACUAGGCUUGGUUAUGAAAUGGAUUCUUCGAGUAGCGGGAGCCUACAGACUAGUCUUUUCAAGGUUCAGGAUGUAGAUUUGCGAAAGCUUUCUCAGGGCAUGGAAACACUCCUUGUCAAAGCUAUGCGCCGCGCAAAGUACUAUACAGCUGGGUCUGUCCGAGACGACGAUCGACAGCAUUAUGCUUUGAAUCUACCUCUUUACACUCACUUUACUAACCCAUCACGACGUUAUGCGGACAUCGUUGUCCAUCGGCAGUUGGAUGCGAUCAUAAAUAACGUAGAAUUCUCAGAAGAUAUUGAGAGUCUAACCAAAAUUGCCGAUCAUUGCAACAAUAAAAAAGACUCUGCUCAGAAUGCGCAGGAGCAAAGUGUGCACAUUGAGUCUUGCCGGAUCAUUGACAAGAAACGCCAAGAAAUCGGUGGUGAUCUUGUCAGUGAGGGCAUUGUCCUUUGUGUUUACGAGUCCGCAUUCGAUGUGCUUAUUCCAGAAUUCGGCUUUGAAAAACGAGUUCACUGUGACCAGCUACCUCUAAAGAAGGCAGAGUUCCGCAAGGAUGAACGUGUACUUGAGCUCUAUUGGGAGAAGGGCGUGCCAUCUUCUGCGUAUAUUCCCGAGGACGAGCGUCCAAAGCCUACGCUAAGUUCGCGGGCUGCUAAUGCCGCUGCUGCUGCCCGACAAGCAGAAGAGGCGAGGCAACGAGCGAGAGAGAGAGAGGAGGCACAGAGGAAGCAAACUGAAACCGGAACCAUGUCGACCGACGAUGUUGACGCUCUCUUCGACGAUGAUGAUGACGACAGCAUGUCAGAAUUGGCAGAAAUGACUGCUGGGGUAUCAUUAAAUUCGCCGGCUGACCGUUCUACCCAGAGCAUGCCGCCAUCCCCAACAAGGAAUGGCCGUGUCCAAACCCCCCACCGGACUCAAUCCGACCCGAAAAUAGCGACAAGCGCGGCUGAGACUCCAGAAGGUAAACUCACGAACAAAGAAAAGUACCUUAAGCUUUUCAAGCUCCGUGAAGAAAAUGGCGAAUAUAUACAGGAUGUUACGGAGAUGACAAGAGUCCCAAUCAUUCUCAAGACUGACCUUACCAAAAGUCCACCCGUUCCAUACAUGAGGUCUCCUUUUCGGCGUUUGGCACCAUCGUUCCUGGCUGCGCAUUCUCCCACGUCAUUUUAUCCAGUUACAAGCUGA